AUGCCGGGGUGGAUUGUGAUGGCAGAGAACCCGUCUCCUUUGAGUCCAAGGAAUCGCCCUUUUGAGGCCGGUAGCGCGACCCACCUAGUCUCCCCUGAUAUCGCAGCUGCCGAGGUCUAUGAAGAGGAUGACAUUGUCAAGUCAGAGCAGGAAGUCGAAGUGGAAAGCNAUGUUAACUUGCCGGCUACGCAGAUUUCCAUGAAGAAGAGGAAACCGCGGACUAAGCCUGACCCGCCGGGUUCCACGCUUUCCAUUCGUCAGUCUCUACGUGACCUUCGUGCUCGUUUCAAGAUCCCCAAGGAAAUUAAGUUUACUCUUCCGUCUUCGUCAGACCGAGCUGACGACCCUCUGGAAGGCUAUUUUACUGUAUAUGAGGCUUACUUCGAUCUGUGCUUCCUUUGGUUCCCCAUCCCGGAGGUCUUACUUGAGUAUGUGUGGGAGUACCGCAUUGCCCUGGCUCAGAUCACGCCUCGUGGACUACGCCAUUUGAUUGGACUCUUGGUGCUCAGCUACGAGUGUAACCGCGAGCUCACCGUGCUUCACUUGAUGAAUCUUCUGGAGAUUCGAAAGACGGGUAGUAAAAGCAAGAUUAACUAUUUCACUUCAGGCAGAGCUUUUUACCAGAUAGACGGGGCUUCUGUUGGUUCUAACUGGGUUGAUAAGAUCGUGACCGAAUGGCGGACUCGCGCACCGAAGCGGUUGGUGGAGUUUCCGAAGGACACGAACAGUUUACACGACGCCCUGAUCGCUCGAUGGUGUCGUUGGAGGAAGCACUUCUCUUUCCGACGAGUUGAAAGAGCUAGAGCCCUGCACGUUGGUUCCACACUUCCGGGUCCGUCGCCGUCUUCGACUCACACCGGAUCCACUGUACCCAUGUCUACCAGGCUUACUAUUCGUGAUAAGCUGAGGCUAGCCAAGAAAGAGAAGGCCGACGCUGCACGGCGUGCCGAGGAGCAGUUUGAGGAGCAGUGCUCCGAGGAUAUCCGCACCGAGAUCCAACCGGGUUCCACGGCGGGGACACACAUCGAGUCGCCCAUACCGAUUGCAGAUGAUCCUGUUGCUGACCAGACUGCUCAUUCUUCCUCUCCAGUUCGUGCAGCUUUGACCAGAUACGAGUUGGCUCACGCUUCCCGCCCGACCGUCACGAGGGGACAAGUCACAGGAACGAGAGCCGCAAGCAUGGGACGGAUAGCAGGAGAGAAUCGCAUUCUGAGGAGAGGGUUUUCAAGGAACCAAGACGCUACUCCAGUGAGCGCGGGGCGGCUGCUUCUGAGCUCGACCAGACCGCCCCCAACGUGCUGUCCAAGAUUACUCUUUCUGGUACUCGCUUUCCUCCGCCCGAUACCUUGGAGGGCGACGGGAACUACGCCGCGACUGCUCAUCAUGGGAUCCAGGUAUGUCGCAUCCUUCCUCCUUUUCAUCGUCCAUCUUAACAAGAUGGUUUUGGACUACGAGGCGCAGUCCAGGGCAGGUAAGCUUCACCUCGAGAGUGUGCAGCGGGAUGCCGAGAGGUACAAAGACGAAGCGAGUGCGGCGAAGAAGCAGUUUGCUGACUCGGAGUCUGAGAUGACGCGACUUCGCGACCAGCUCAUCAAGGUGCAGAAGAAGAAUGAUGAUCUGACCGCGUCCAACGACCGUCGCUUCCAGAGGCUACAGGAUUGUUUAAUUUUCAUCGACUUUAUUUUUUUGAGAGUCUUGGUUAGGAACGUUACUUUGUAA